UAUGGAGUCCACUUCACCCAAGAAGACUACAAAAAAGAGACGGAAGACCCACACAACCAGGGGCUAUAGAAAAAGGGAGCAGGAGGUGCAGCACUUACUCAAGCAGACGGAAGGCCACAUCGCUGGUCAGGAAUUCGAUUUGGAGGCACUUAGUUUGCAGUUUUUCCAUGGAAACGAUGAUGAGGUGCUGCAGGAAAAGGUUUCUCCGGUGCUGGAAAGCAACAACAAGGAGAGCGACGAAGAUUCUGGCGGAGAUUUGGCUGUGGAUCCUUCGGAUUCGCCCUCCCAAACAUUCAUACAAAUUGAUUUGCAGGAUCCACCGCUGGCUUGGAGUCAGCUCUUCAAGCAGCGGCACUACUAUGACGAGACCUUACUGUACCGACCCAGUAACACCCUCCACUUUCAGUUGCACCUGAGUGAUUCGCAGCUAAAGGACUCCCAGAUCCGCAUGCUAAAUCGCUUCCAGGAGGAAGCCAAAAGCGACUCCAGCAAGCUGAGCUCCGAGCUGGUAGCCCAGUUGAGUGGGGGAAGUCCCCCGAAGUUUUUACUAGAUGAUAGGCUAUAUCGCACUGUGUGCCACAAGGAGUUCCAGAGCGUGUUCUUUGCACCCAUGCCGGCUGGGGAGUUCCAGGGGUUGCCCACCAGACGUUGCCUCAAAUUGAGCCUUAAACAGCUCCGCUUCAGCUUGCAUCCUCAACUGCUGGAGGAGCAUCGAGUGGCCCAGCAGCUGGAGGAUCUCUUCGAUGUCUACAUGCAGCAGAAAAGGCAGAGGAUCUGCCGGAAACUGAGGGAGGAACUGGAGAUUGCUCGCCAGGUGGCUCUCAAAAUGCUAGCCUCGGCUGGAGAGGAUCAGACGGCGGAGGUGAAGAGGCAACUCAGACUCACCCAACAGCUGAGGCAGCGCUACUACUCGGAGUCGGCUGCCCAGCGUAAUCUUCUCCAACGUCUGCUGCGGGAGUGGGCCAAGCUGAAGGAACUGCGCCACGAGCAGCGCUUCCAGUGCACCCGUUUCCAGCUGGGUCUCCGGGUGAUGCAUCCACCCGACCUGGAGGCCUCCUAUUCCGCCUGGAAGGAGUGCUUCGAGACGGACCUGGCCGAGGUCUAUCGCGAACAGCUGGAGGUCUUCUACACCCGACUCCGUCUGUGGAGUGAGCAAAAGUCCAGCGGCAGGAGGAAGUCGGAGGGGCAAUCGAAGCCUCCACGCAAGCCCCAAUUCGACAGGGUCAUGGCCAGUCUGAGGAAGGACUACGACAAGGCCUUCAAGGACCCAGAGGAACCCUUUGUGGAGGUCAUCCGCCUGCAUGCGGAUGAGGUCGCCGCCCGGUUGUCCAUUCCAACCGGUGAGCAGUUGCCCAAGGCCCGCAACUACUUCCUCAAGAUCUUCCUGGACGGUCAGUUUGUGGGCCAGAGCAGGAGCUAUCGCCUAGAGCCGGAUCUGCAGAUAUGCAUCAACGAGUGCAUUGGAGUGCUUCUGGAGAGGACUCUUCCAGAGAAUCUAAACAUUUACCUGUAUGAGAAGUCCACGUUGACUCCAAAGAGUCGCCGCCUGGCCCAGAUGAGCACCCCACUCCUGUUGAGCUCCAAGGAGGAUGCGGUGCAGGAGAAGCUCAGCUUCCGAACCUCAUCGUCAUCCGCCACCCAGUUGGCAGGCGAUGUCUAUCUGUACUACGAAUACCGAUCCACGGAGGGAUGGGGAGGAGCCCACAGUCUAGACGAUGUGCAAAGACUUCCGGACGCACUGCGUCAGACCUUUAUGCGGCCGAAACUAUGCGCUCUGCCCGAAGCCUCCAAGGAGCUGGUCACGCCCAGACCGCCAAGUGGGAGGACCAGGAGGAGCCAGCUGCCUCCGCUGAUCUUCGCCGAGCAGCAGCUCCAGUUCUGUGCCAUUGAGGAGCUCCUGGAGAACCGACGAUUCCAGUUGCUCCACUCACGCCAUCAGCAGCGGAACCUGCACACCAGGCAGCUGCGCUUUGUGCACGCCCUGGAGCAGGAAAUCUCGGAGGAGGAGCAGCUGCCGGAUGGCCUCGGAACUAAGGUUCAGCUCCUGGAGCCGGGCACCUACUGGAACCCCAUCGAUCUGCACAAGCACCGGGGGCGCAAGUUCCUCCAGCUGCUCUACGAGGUGAUCACCAGCCAGAGUUCGCGGAGGGCCAAGGAGCUGGAGACGCCUCUGCCGCUGCUCCUCCUGGCCGAGGAUUCGGAUCACUCAUCUGCCGCCGGCUGGACAGCUCUCUGGCGGGCCAUCUGCUCCGUUUUCCAAGGGCAACCCACUUCACUGCCCCGCGAACCAUCCAUUUGGUCUGGCCAGCAGCAGUCCGGAACCGAUCUCUUCAAGCACUUCAACGUCUCCCUUCAUGUGGUCAGGGCCACAGGGGUUCCGGUUCGCAGUCGCCACAUCCUGAAUCUCAACGAGCGACGCACCAGCUCUGGAGGCGAUAUGAGCACCAGUUUGUUCGUCACGCAGACCCUCAUGUACUCCAAUGUUCGGCCCUUCGUUACGCUGAGCUAUGGCCAGCGUUUGUGCCGGAGUCGCACCGCCGAGGGCAGCAAUCCCACCUGGAACGAGCAACUGCAGCUGCAGAUCCACAGUCAGUUCGGGGAUCUGCGCGAGGAUCUCAAGAUCAGUCUGUUCGACGAACUCAUAGAGCAGCAGUACAGCGACGAGGCCUCCGAUUUGUACCAGCGGGUCCAGUGCAAUUGGCUGGGCGAAUUCCGGGUGCCCAUCAAUAGUCUUCUGGCCAGUCGUAAGUUUGAGGGCUGCAUCGAGUUGGCCAUGCCCAAAAUUCUGGUGGGCUACAAACGACCUUUGAUUGACUCGGUGACCAACAUGUCAGCGGAUCAGUAUCCCGAGUUCAAGGAGGCAGUGCACCUGUGGCUCUACCUGAGCAUCGAGCCCAGUGGCGGAGAUUUGAUGCCACUGCAAUCGAGUGCGUUGGCCUGUGCGGAAAUGCCGGAAACGCAGCAAUAUCUGGGGGAAAGGCGGCUGGAACUGCUGCAACUGCUGCCCCAGCCACAGCGGUAUGUGGAACCACUGGUGUGCACGGCCCAGGGCAAGAGGGUGUGCCUCACGAGACUCCUGGAUGCGGUGCCCCUUCCUCCGGCGGUGGCCACCGGGGAGAAUCCCCUGGAGGCCUCCUGUCGCUUUGUCUCGCUGCUCAGUCAAUUCCGCACCUAUGAUCCCUGCCAGGGAUUCCGGGGCGUUUGGCUGGACAAUCAGACGCUGCUGGACAGCACCUGGUGCUCGGUCAAGGAUCUGGGUGUACUGCUCUGUAACUAUAUGCUCUGCUUGGGCCUGGAGUGCUGGCUCAUCCUGGGCGUGGCCUGUCCCCAUGGCGAGUGCUCCUUUGUGCUUUUCCGCCAACCGGAAACUGCUGAACUAGUCCUAGUUUCUCCUGCCACUGGCAAGAGAUACCAGCUCCAGGAUGUGUAUUGUCCGCUGAGGCGAAUAUAUUGUGUGGUUGGAAAACAGAAUAUAUAUUUCAACAUUCAAACGGAAGCCCGAGUCAGCAUGACAAAUUUUAAUUUCCAGGAUGGCGUCUGCUGGUUUCCACUCUUCAGCCGACGAGUUCCUGCCCCCCAGAGUGGCGUCCAGAAGCUGGACUACGUGUACAAGAGGAGCUACGAACUGAGCCAGCUGCAGAAGCACAUCGAGCGGAAGAUCAUGAAGAAGAUCAGCGCCUGGCGCACCACCAGGAAAACCAUUUGGAACCGAGCCUUUCAACCACGUCUCCAGAAGAUCCUUAGCGAUAUGGAAAAUUUGUCCACUUUUUCCAGAGGACGAUAUGAUGAGCCUGUUUUCAGCGAACAGCUUGAACGAGAAUAUCCCAACUACAGGCUCUUCGGCUUCACCCUCAACUUUGCAUACACCAAUCUGGCGGCCAUAUCGGAGCGCAUCCGGACGACCUGCAUCCACUACAACCACGACGCUAUGGUGGAGUUUUGCGUUGCUGUCCAUGUGCACGCCCACGCCAACGACGUGCUGUCCGUGUGGGUGUUCCUGCUCUCAAUGGUGCCCCUGGUGGUGUGAUUCAGAGAUCCGCCAGGCCAGAGGCAAUCCCCCUCCCAUUUGGGAUUCGCUAUCAGCUAUCAGCUUUCAGCUUACGAGUUAACGAGUGCUAGCGUAGCCGAACGGGCUGUUUUUUAUCGCGGCGCUACCUAAAAGUCGCCGCGAAGGAGGUCGAAUUGAA